GUUGGACUUUAUGCUAUAUAAGUUUUGAAGGACUAAUAGCUUUUUCCAUAUCACUAAUCUCACUCACAAUACUAGUAGCAAAUUAAAAUCAUAGAUUCAACAAAAUGUGUGACACUGCACUUUCCUGCGCUCGUGAUAACUUGCUUCCACUAGCCCGUGAUCAUUUGCUUCCAAUCUUGAAGGAAGCAUUCAACAUGAUUAAGGGUGUCCCAAAAGAAAUUGCAGAAUUGAAAGAUGAACUAGAAAGAAUUGAAAAAUUCAUCAACAAUGCAGAUAGAAUGGCUGAUGCUGAAGAAGACGUGGAAACAAGUCAGAAAAUCAAAGCAAUGAUCAAACAGUUGAUAGAAGCAUCUUUUCAUAUAGAAGAUGUCAUUGAUGAUUAUAUCUUCCUUGAAGAACAUCAAUCUUCUGAUCUUGGAUGUGCUGCUGGUCUUGACUUGAUCAAAACUAAGAUUCUUCGUCUCCAAAUAGCAGUUAAGAUUCAGAACAUCAAUUCUCGAAUUAGAGAAAUAAAACAAGAUUCAAGUGAAAAAGAUCAUGGCUUCCAAAUCCGAUCUUCUUCCGAUAAGCCAUCAAGUAGUUCUCCAACAAGUGAAAACGCCUCAUUAUUGCACAACCUUCAAGACGCUUCCAUUUAUAUGGAUGAAGCUGAUAUUGUUGGCUUUGAAGAGCCAAGAGACAAAUUGAUUGAUUUGUUGGUAGAGGGAAGAGAAGACCGCACAGUUGUCUCCAUUGUUGGAAUGGGAGGAUUGGGAAAAACCACUCUAGCCAGACAAAUUUUUGACAACCAAAAGGUAGUUAAGCACUUUGACUGUCUUUUAUGGAUCAUGGUGUCUCAAUCAUUCAAUAUUGAAAAAGUGUUGAGGGACAUUAUGCUCGAGUUUUACAAACAACAAAGGAAAGUUCCUCCUCAGAGUCUCCAUCAAAUGGAUCGACAGUCAUUAGUUGAUGAAGUGAGAAACUACUUGCAAGAAAAAAGGUAUGUUGUAGUGUUUGAUGAUGUAUGGGAGUCACAUUUUUUGCAUGAUAUUGAAUUUGCUAUGAUUGAUAACAAAAAGGGUUCUAGGAUAUUAAUCACUACAAGAAACAUGGAUGUUGCAAAUACUUGUAAGAAAUCUUCUUUUGUUUACGAACUAAAAGGUUUGACUGUAGAACAAUCUUUGGAGUUGUUCAAUAAGAAGGCAUUUCAUGACUUAAACGGACGUUGUCCAAAAAAUCUUAUUGGUAUAUCUUCCAAAAUUGUUGAAAAAUGCAAUGGAUUACCACUAGCAAUUGUAGUCAUUGGUGGUAUUUUAGCUCCCAAAGAUAGAAAUACAAUUGAAUGGUAUGAGUUUAAUGAAAAUAUAAAUGCAGAUCAGUUUAAGGAAUAUUCCAUAGUAAGAAAAAUUUUAGGACUCAGUUACCAUGAUUUGCCUUGCAACCUCAAGUCAUGUUUCUUGUAUUUUGGAUUAUAUCCCGAAGACUAUGAAGCUUGUUCAAAGACAUUGACUCGUCAAUGGAUAGCUGAAGGGUUUGUGAAAGAAUAUGGGGAAAGGACAUUGGAAAAGGUUGCAGAAGGAUAUUUAAAAGUGUUAAUCUGUAGAAGUUUGGUGCAAGUAGUUUCAACCAGUAUUGAUGGAAGAGUAAAAAGUUGCCGUGUUCAUGAUCUAGUGCAUGAAAUGAUCCUUGAAAAACAUAAGCAUUUAAGCUUUUGCGAGAAUAUUACUGAGGGAAAACAAUUGUCUUUAACUGGAAUGAUUCGACGCCUAUCAAUAGCACCCAAUUCUGAUAAUCUAAUAAUGGAAGGAAUAGAUAGCUCACAUGUUCGAUCACUGCUUGUUCUCGAACCUAAAGCAUCACUUGAAUCUUUCAAAAGAAGAAUUCGUACAACAUAUAGGUGGUUGAAGGUGCUGGUUUUGAAGAAGUAUGAACUUGAAAUUCCUAUUGAUUUGGGAAGUUUGAAGCACUUGAAAUAUUUUGGGAUAAAUGUAGGUAAAUGUUUUGAACUUCCAAAAUCCAUUGGCAUGCUCGUGAACCUAGAGACUUUGGAUUUAAGAGAUACAUAUUUUGUAAAUGAUAAUAUGCCGAAGGAGAUUUGCAAGCUUAGAAAGCUACGCCAUUUUUUAGGCUAUCGUAUGUCUUUGAUUGAGUUGAAGGAUGGUAUUGGAGGCAUGACAUCCCUACAAACUCUAAGUGGAGUACACUUAAAUGAUAGUGAACGUGAAAAUGAUAAUAGAGUUGUAGAGCUAAUCCAAGAGCUAGGAAAGCUAAAACAGCUAAGGAAAUUGGGCUUGACCGGUGUUAGGAGUAAAUAUAUGAGUGCUAUAUCUUUCUCAAUCAACGAGAUGCAACAAUUGGAGAAACUAAUUAUUAGUGGAGUCCAAUCUACUAACACAUUCAUUGAUCUGGAUUUGAAUUCACCCCCACCUAAGCUUCAACAUGUUAAAUUCGACGGGAAUUUAUAUAAGUUUCCUGAGUGGAUUCAAAAACUCAGAAACCUUGUUAAGCUUAGAGUGACACUUACGAAGCAACAAAAUGAUGCAAUGAAAUUACUCAUAAGUAUGCCAAACUUGUUGUCCCUCCAUAUCUCGGAUGGUUCUGAUUAUUAUGAAGACAAAUUCGAAAGGUUACAUUUUCAAGUUGGAUGGUUUACGAAUUUGAAGGAACUAAUUAUUUUUCAUUUCAAUAAAUUGAGAUAUAUCCUUAUUGACGAAGGUGCAUUCGGUUGUCUGAAAAUGCUAAAAUUAGGGUCCAUCCCCCAACUGAUGACGUUACCAAGUGGCAUUCAACACUUACAAAAGCUUGAAGUUCUCAUUCUUUAUGAUAUGAGUGAUGAACUUAAAGAGAGUAUUGCUUCUGAUGAAGGAAAAGAGCAUUGGAUCUUCAACCAAGUGCCCUCUGUCGUAAUUUUCUAAUUGAGAGAUAAAAGGUGAUGGUCAUCUGUGGAUUUGAGAUUCAAAAUUCAUCAAGUGUUCCUGUUUUGGCACUUCCAUUCCUCAAUAAAAAAGAAUGUGUUGUUUUUCAUUGUUAUGUAUACCUACUUUGUCAUUUUAUGAUGUAUAAUAUAUGUUGUUAGAUCUUCACAUUGAAUGAUGUAAGAAAUUAAUAUGUUGUGUGAACUUUGCUUCUUCCUCUUGAGAUUUGUUUGUUGUUUUUACUUAUCUUGGGUGCUGCUACCCCUUUUCUUUGUAUUAUUUCUGUAUUAUUGUGGACCCACCAUUGAUGGUCAAUUCAUUAAUAUCAUCAACAAAAUUUAAACAUGA